AUGGAUCCGAUCACACAGCCUCCACCCGGGUAUGGUAAGGUCUCAAUGGACACUGUGUGUACAGACAUCAUUGUGGAUGAGACAAGCAAGAGCGUCCCACUUGUUGACGAUGAGGCUGAAGAGCACGGAAAAGAGGUCAAUGAUCAAGCUAUAGGAGUCGAAGCUGAGCCGAUUCUAAUCGAGCACCUUGCAAGGAAUCCCGAAGCAAUUGAGGAGCUAAAGUUGACUCAAGAGCUGGUAUCAAUUCAAGAGCCCAAAGCACUUCAAGAGAUCAAAGUAAUCGAUGAGCUGGAACCAAUACUAGUGACCAAAGCAAUUGAGGAGCUGGAACCGAUACAAGAGCCCAAAGCAAUUGAUGAGCUGGAAACGAUACAAGAGCCCAAAGCAAUCGAUGAGCUGGAAUCGAUACAAGAGCCCAAAGCAACUGAGGAGCUGGAAUCGAUCCAAGAGCCCAAAGCAAUCGAUGAGCUGGAAUUGAUACAAGAGCCCAAAGCAAUCGAUGAGCUGGAAUCGAUCCAAGAGCCCAAAGCAAUCGAUGAGCUGGAAUCGAUACAAGAGCCCAAAGCAAUCGAUGAGCUGGAAUCGAUACAAGAGCCCAAAGCAAUUGAGGAGCUGGAAUCGAUCCAAGAGCCCAAAGCAAUCGAUGAGCUGGAAUCGAUACAAGAGCCCAAAGCAAUUGAGGAGCUGGAACCGAUACAAGAGCCCAAAGCAAUUGAGGAGCUGAAACCGAUCCAAGAGCUCGAAGCAAUUGAGGAGCUGGAACCGAUACAAGAGCCUGAAGCAAUUCAAGAGCCUGUCAUGGUCGAAGCAGAAGCGAUGGAGGAGCUAACGUGGAAGAAUGAAAAGGUAUUAGUCGAAUACGAGGCUCAAAACGAGCUUGAGCUGCAAGAGGAAAAGUCAUUGGUGCUGAAAACGCUGACCGCAACGAGCACAAGUGCCCCGAUCUGGACGUUUGUUGCUGAGAAGGUCACUUUUUCCGUUGGCGUCGCCUUCUUUAACAUCUCUGGAUUCAACCCCGAAGAAGAAGAAGUGCAUUUGAUCAAGAGAUACUCGGAAUUUAAAGUGCUGCAUGCCGAGAUGGCCAAGCUCAUGCCUAAGGAAGAGUUGAUACGUCUGCCCGGCACAUCAUUUCUGCAGGGACGCAACGACAAGGCUCUGCUACAGGAGCGCGAGGAUGCAUUCGUUAAAAUGCUCAACGCCAUCGCGCAGCACCCGGAGGGCUCGCAGACUGCCGCAUUUACCGCAUUCCUGGCAUAA